GUUGCUAUCUAUCUGAUAAUCGAUGUUCGCCGUCCGAUAAAGUGCUUUGCAUGAAGAUUGAGUGCUUUGGCCUCCUCCUCUUGAGUGGUAUUGUUUGCGACCUGGAAAGCGUUAUUCCCAGCCUGAACGGUAGAAAUAUGGACCCUUCCAUGGGGCAACGCAUUGCCCCAGCCGUUGUUUGCAUAUUGCGUGCUGUGAUUGCCUUUCUGUGUGGCACUGAGGGUUGUACCCCGACGGAAGCAAAGGGCCUGUCCCAUGUUGCGCAAGUUCGGUAUACCGGAUCGCACUGCAAGGCUCGCGAGUAGGAGACGGGUUUCAGCUGUCUGGGGACUUCUCG